CACCUGCUUCAGACGCCCCAAGGAUUAUUAUAGGCUAAAAAAAUUUUCGAUGUAUGAAGGGGGCGUGACACCUCCCAUACAAACCGAAUUUUUCAUACCGAAUAUCUCUAGAAAUGUUCACGGUAGAGUACUGGAACUUGGUGUGGAGAUAUAUGAAAUUAAUCUUAAACUCAUUGAGAAAAAUUGGCUAUUUGAAAAGAGGGCGUGACGCCGUACAAACGUAUAUAUAAUUCAUCUGUAGGUGUUUUUGUGAAUGAAAUCCAUCUUAAUGCUCGAACGGGUUCUAACGAAGUUUUUUGUGUGUUUUUGAGUAACUCUCUGGAUAGUGUAGUUUCGAUUUUUUCAGUUAUCUACCGGAAAUCUCUUGCACUAUAUGAGUCAAAGCCAUGUUUGUGGAAAAAUUAUGAAAUUUUGGCACGAAUCAUUUCGGUCUUCUUUGCUGGUAUGUUAUGUGCUUCGAGCCAUUUUUAGCCACAGCAAUUUUUUUUAGAUCUUUUUAGUCCUUUUUUAAAAGGGAUUUGGCUACCACUAAAAAUGAUUCGCGGCAACACUAGUUGGGACACACCCGUUCCUAAUUCUCAUCAGAUAAGUUGUGAGUGUCACCAUUCCAGAGAGAAGCAAAUGAUUUCUAAACUCAUAGCAAUAUUAUGAGCUUUAUAUCGCCAAGUUCAACUAGUUCAAGACCACUGAUAAGUGUUGUGUGUUUCAUUUAAUCUUUUUAUAGUGGCAGAGAAAUACAAAACAACUUUCUCGGUUGGAAGUCGUAUUUAUUAUGUAUUACAUUUUUAACAUGCAUUUUUAGAAAGUGAUUUGGUAGUAUUUAUUUGCAGUUUAACGACAAAAAAAUAAACUAUUUCUUCAGAUUUGAUCAAAAUGCUAAGGACAUGGUUUCAAACUUUGCCGACGCGCGGUAAAAGUUCAAUUUACGCAUCUUACCGGAUACUUCGAUUGCGGCGUUUAAAUUUCAUACAAUCAUACCUUCCACAAUAUCGGUUAGUUAGUACCCAAAAUACCAAGCCCGCUGAGAAAAAAAGUAGAGUUUUUUACGCACUAUUAGCUUUAGGAGGUGCUGUGGCUGGCUUUGCUCUGUACGAACACAAAUAUAAAUUGUUUAAUGUGAAAUUCAAUGAAAUCAACACUACGAGCGAACUAAACUCAGAAGUCAAUGAUGAAAAACCCAGUUGGCAUACAAAACCACGCCCGGAUUUACCUACCUAUAAAACAAUCGAUGUUCAAAAUCACAGUACUAUUGAGAAUCGCGUAUGGGUUACCUAUGGGGUCGGCGUAUAUGAUAUAACAGAAUUUAUUGCUAAGCAUCCAGGUGGUGAAAAGAUUAUGUUGGGGGCCGGCAGUGCAAUCGAUCCAUUUUGGGCUAUUUAUCAGCAACACAAUAAUAAAGAAAUUUUAACGCUUUUAGAGCUUUAUAGAAUUGGCAAUCUCUCCCCUGAAGAUGAGGUCAGCACAAACGACAUGGGUUCACCAUGGGCUAAUGAGCCUAAACGUCAUCCUAUCCUAAAGCCAGCAUCAAUUAGACCGUUCAAUGCUGAGCCGCCAUUGAAACUUCUGGGAGAACAUUUUUUUACUCCCAAUGAAUUUUUCUACAUUAGAAAUCAUUUACCAGUUCCUAUUUUAGACAUAAAGGACUACGAGCUGGAAAUUGCUAUUGAAACUACCAAGUCGGGUACUGCAGAACAGGUCAAAUCAUUUACAUUUAAUGAUAUUAAGAGAAUGCCGAAGUAUACGGUCACUGCCGCAAUAAUGUGUGGAGGUAACCGACGUUCUGAAAUGACGACGGUGAAGUCCGUGAAAGGUCUUUCUUGGAACGCAGGAGCAGUGGGUAACGCAACUUGGUCCGGGGUCCGUUUGAGAGAUGUUCUACUUGAAAUGGGUGUUAAGCCCAAUGAAAACCUACAUGUGGUAUUAGAAGGUGCCGAUCUCGAUCCAACUUCACAUCCUUACGGUGCAUCCAUCCCACUUUCGAAAGCAAUGGACGAACGAGGAGAUGUGUUACUAGCGUAUGAAAUGAAUGAUCAACCGCUCAGCCGAGAUCAUGGAUUCCCUUUGCGGUGUAUCGUUCCUGGUACAGUUGGCGCCCGCAACGUGAAAUGGCUUUCUCGUAUUGCAGUGUCUGAGAGCGAAUCUAGUUCGCAUUGGCAGCAGAAUGAUUAUAAAGUAUUCAGCCCAAGUACGGAUUGGGAUACUGUCGAUUUUUCCAAAGCACACGCCAUUCAAGCAAUGCCCGUCACUUCAGCGAUUUGUACACCAGCAGAGGGUGAGGAAGUAAAAAUACCAGUUAAUGGUUGUCUCACAGUACAGGGAUAUGCGUGGUCAGGUGGCGGCCGUCGCAUCCUGAGAGUUGAUUUGACUAUAGAUCAGGGCAAAACAUGGCAUGUUGCAGCUUUGGAUCAGGAGGAUCUACCCGACGGGCGCCAUUAUGCUUGGUCACUAUGGACUGCGCGAAUCCCAAUUGAUAAGAUAACGGCACAAGAAAUCGAAAUUUGGGCCAAAGCUGUUGAUUCCGCAUAUAAUGUUCAACCAGAAACGGUUGCAAAUAUCUGGAACUUACGUGGGGUGUUAGCAAACGCUUACCAUCGUAUAAAAGUCAAAAUCAUACAAUAAUUUACACGAGAAAAUAAAAAAGAACCUAAACGGCACUCUAAGCCCAGCCUAAAUCAGCUUAUUUAAUGGUAUCCGGACGUUAAUUUCGCCAGAGAUCGACGGAUCUUACGAGGCAGCUGAAGCUUUUUCUUUGCAAUGAGUUGAACUCCGAUGACGGCAUCCACGGGGCGAGAACAGGUGAAGGCGGUGGUAAUCCCUCUGUGAAUAUUUUUGAUUGCCUGUUUGUACAGCGUCGGGUCCAAUGAUUGUCGGAUGUAGUCCUCAAUCUCAUCCUUCAGUUCAUAGAGGUGCUUCUGCCUACAAGGUGGCCCAUUUCCAGCAUGGGCAUAAAUUCAGUUCCCCAGACAGUGAGCAUUAGGGUCACGCUGUGAGGGUGCUGUUCAGGCAUCAUCACAAGUGAUAUCGUUACUGUCUGUAGCGCGGUGUGAUGGCAGGUCAAGCGUAAUAUUAUAUAGAAUCUGCCAACCAACUACCUUAUAUGGUGCCAACAAUGGUUCUUUGACUUUGCCAAAAGUGCUGCCAAUGUUAAGCUACUACUGGAAAAGUUUCACUCUCCCUUGCUGGACUAUCUAGGUCAAGUCAAAAAACGGAGACCCCAGAAGUCGCAUUUUGCUCCAAGACAGCAUGGGUUAGUAGAGAAGAAAAUUAACUGUCUCUUCCGGACGAUAGUUCAUUAAAGCAUGAGAUAUUCAUCUUUAAU